GGCUCUUCCACUAAAUCAUCCCCGUCCUCUUGCUGUGCAAUGUGAGAUUAAUCCUAUGACUCAGAGCUUGCAUGAAGUCUUUGCUUUAAAGAAGUGUAACUCUGUAAAGUGCUGAACUGAAUGUGCCUCAGAGCCAGCACCUGGAGUUUCGGACUGGCUGCAUUAAUCUGGUAGCAGGAGCAGCAACACAGCCUCCUCUCAGGACAGGGUGUUCCUCCCUCUCUCCGGCCCUCCUUAAAACAAGCUGCCUGACUCUGAGCUGUGUAAGAGGCAGGCAGUCUGUCUGCAGCAGAGGGACAACAUGCUCUGGAGUUCAGUGCUGUGGGCUGUGCUGGCUGGGCUCUGCCUGGCACAGGGUUAUAAACUCAGCGAGGAGGAGAAGAAGACCAUUGUGGACCUGCACAACCAGAUGCGCUCCAUGGUCAGCCCCAGAGCCUCCAACAUGCGGGGCAUGAGCUGGGGGCAGGACCUGGAGACGGUGGCCACGCAGUACGCAGCCCAGUGCAUCUGGGAGCACAACCUCGACAUCCAGUCCGUGUUCGGGGAGAACCUGUACGUCGGCACGGGCAGCUUCAACCUCAGCAAGGCCGUGUGGAGGUGGUUCCAGGAGCACGAGGAUUACACCUACAGCACCAACGAAUGCAGUGUAUCGAAGAUGUGUGGCCACUACACCCAGCUGGUGUGGGCGGAGAGCUCCAGAGUUGGCUGUGGAACUCACCUGUGUGACGAAGUGAAAGGGCUGGGCUUCAAGGGAGCCACGGUGCUGGUGUGCAACUACAGUCCUGCGGGCAAUGCCGAGAAUGAGCAUCCGUACGAGGUGGGAGAGCCCUGCUCCAGCUGCCCAGAGUACCACAGCUGUGCUGGGAGCCUGUGUGUGCUGAAGCAGCCAGAGACGACGACCACAUGGGACACGGGCACCGGAACAGAGAGCCCUGAGGAGCAGACAAGCUCCUCCCUGAGUCCAGCAACGACGGAGAGGGAGCAGACUGAGACGAUGCCUGCAGAGGAGGUGCCCACGGAAACGACAGAGAACCUAGCUGAGGAUGUGGUGCAAGAGGGCACGGAGGAAGAGGGCGGCACCCCAACUCCGACAGCUGGGCCCUGGGAACGGGAGGUCCGGAAGGGCCUCCCAUCGAGUGAGCGCCCCCUUGUGGAGGGCAAGGACAUCACAGAUGUGGAAGUGGUAGUGAUUGUGACCGGUGGGUCGGCAGCCCACAUGCCCUACACUCAGGUCAUCAUAACGUCACUCCUGCUGGUGUUCUUUGCACUGUGAAGCGCAGCUCACACGUGCCCACGCAACCCCCGCAGGACUGCCCUUCUGCUCCGGGGACGAGAGACGGACUGAGACACGCACCCCGGGGCGGCGACAGCAACACGAGUGAAAACUUCAUCAGAACCGACAUGCGGAGCAAUCACGUAAAAGUACAAUGUAGAAGAAUAAAGACCAAUCAGCAUUUCAAGCUAACCAACAAGGGAAACUGCAAAAUUCCAAAUGAUUAGGAGAAAAAAUGUUUGUAUUUGACCCUUCAAAAUCUUAAGUUUGUAGCACUAUCCAAGUUGUAAGUUCUCAGCACAUCAAAAUAAGAAAGAGAGAGAGUAAUAAAAUACUGGAUUAUA